AUGUCUCCACCCAAAGGAAUGCGAUGGCGAUCGCACCCGUUAUUCGUCGUCUUCACGGUGGGCAUGGGUGCAUUCGUGGAUCUGUUCCUGUACGGACUUAUCGUACCAGUACUCCCAUUUUUGCUCAAAGACCGCAUUGGACUUCCAGAUUCCCAGAUCCAAAGCACGAUAUCAAACCUUCUAGCGGUCUAUGCGGCGGCUUCGUGUGCGGCAUCACCAAUCGCCGGCAUCCUCGCGGACAGAUUCUCUUCAUCUCGACAGCUACCGUUCCUCCUCGGGCUCAUCCUACUUCUACUUUCGACUAUCCUUCUCGCGCUUGGGCGUAGCGUUGCUGUUUUGGCCAUUGCGCGGUUCCUGCAGGGAGCAUCGGGAGGCGUGGUAUGGACCAUCGGCAUUGCUAUCGUGAUCGAGACCGUAGGCCAGGAAAAUUUAGGCAAGACUAUGGGCACCAUAUUUAGCUUUAUCUCAGUUGCCGGACUCUUCUCGCCUCUCAUCGGAGGGCUCCUCUAUGCCAGAACUGGAUAUAAAGGCGUCUUUGGCGUAGGCAUAGGCUUGAUUGUCAUAGACUUCAUCUUGAGAGUGCUCAUGGUGGAGAAGAAGGUGGCCGCGAAGUACCCUGGUCCUGACUCACAUGCCUCAGAAUCCGACGGUGAAAACGACCACGAGGACACAGAACAAACACCUCUUCUAUCAAACAGCCGCACUACGCUUGACCGCUAUCGCCUACCCAAACCCACGAAUCGCUUCACACGCAACUUUCCCAUCCUCAUGCUGUUCCGUGACGCGGGUCUGUUGACGGCUAUCUGGAUCGGCUUCAUGCAGGCCCUUCUGCUUGGUUCUUUCGACGCUACCGUACCGCUGGUGGCUUCGGAGCAAUUCGGCUUCAACAGUCUAAAAGCUGGAUUGCUCUUUCUACCACUUGGCGGCGCGGACUUUUUACUGGGUCCACUCUUUGGGUGGUGCGUCGACCGCUAUGGUACAAAGCUAGCAUCCUUCCUUGGGUUUACUUGGCUGAUACCAACGCUUGUAUUACUCCGGCUUCCGAACGAGUCAGGUCUCAUCGAGAAGCUAGACAAUGGACAUCUUAUCGCACUCUAUGCCGGACUAUUAGCGAUGAAUGGAGUAGGUCUGGCAGCUAUCAACAGCCCUAGUAUUGUCGAGGCUGGGAACGUCGUCGAAAACUACUACAAAGCGAAUGAAGACAUGUUCCACCAGGUUCCGUACGCUCAGCUCUACGGCAUCAACAGCAUGGUUUGGAGCGGUGGAUUGACUGUAGGCCCAUUGCUGGCAGGGGCUCUACGAGAAAAGAUUGGGUACGGAAAUAUGAAUGCAGUGCUUGGGGGUAUUUGUGGGCUUACAGCGAUUUUGGCAGCACUCUUCAUUGGUGGCAGAAAGAAAGAUUGA